CCCCCCCCCCCCCACUACCAGAGUCAGAAGGUGAUCGUUGUUGGCUUGUUAGUACCAUGGAUGGAUGACUGAACGGCUUGAUGACCACAAAGAGGCGCAAAACAAGGAUCCAGAAAUGAUCAAACAGAUAAAAACAACCACCAAUAGAGACACAAAACGAGCACAAAAAGACACAAAACCACCACAGAGAGAUAAAAGAUGACCACAAAGAGAUGCAAACAACAAGGAGAAAGUCUUGCAGCAUUGUAGGAGUGGUUGGGGUCUAAUCUUAUCAUAAUCCAUCCAUGGGUGUAGGCUAUUUGGAGCUACUAUAUUAAACAACAGCUGUUUAUUGAUAUUAUUUCAUCCUAGUAUAUCUAAAGUUGUAUAUUUGGCAUUAAUUCAUUGCGAUGAAUAAACAAUGUAGCUAUUAAUAAUGUAGUUUAUUACUGCCAAGAACCAACAUGUCCUCCACACUUCUCAACCCGCCCCUGCUCACCAGAGGGGGCAGCCAGCUUCUGACCCAGGACCAAUGUCUUCUAGAGUUACAGGACGCCAUGUGUCUGUUAUGAGCUAUUGAGUCAUCCUUCAGCACUGCAGGGCGACAGAAAAGCAAAGUCACCGUUUCAUCAUCAGGCUGUUUUUUUUUUUUUUUUUUUUUUUAACCGUCUUGUUUUUGCAUCCAGCAGAACAAGAGCGACAUUGUGAUGCACACGCGUCACAUGGGGCGGACGGAUGAAAACAGCAGCAGCGGGGCAGGACGGCGGUCGCUCGGGGGCCAGCGUGUGCUCCGCAGACACACACAGAGACAGUUGUGUGAAAGUCUCGUCAGCUGAUAGCUCCAGUUGGGCGGCUGAGUUAAUCCCAUUGUCUGGCUUACAUAAUUCACCCCGAGCGACCUGCUGUUGACCCACUUUCUUUGAAAGCACCGAACGUCAGCCUUUGAACAGUUGGUCCUUUUUCUCCAAGGCUGUUCAAAAUGUGAAAUCAGGUGGUUGUUGACUUCGCCCGUGCAUCGUGGGAAGAUUGACCUCUUUAUAGCAAAAAUGCAAAGAGGAGAAGAGACAGAGAGGACUACAGUGUAGCCGUAACGCUCUCAUAGACACAUUGAUAUAGAUCCCUAUUCAUGCUCUUAAUCACACAUACACGGUAUGCUUCUCUGUCAGACUCUGGGGCUUUCAAAGCUGGCAAGGCGGCAUGCACAUGGUUUUUGGCUGCAUGCCUCGAUCCGGCAUCUUGGCUCACCUUUCCUCGGUUUCUGCUUUGUGCAUAUGUGUGUGUGUGUGUGUGUGUGUGUACUGCUUCACAGGCUAACUGCUGAAGAUGGAUGAUUCACUAUGCUCAGCUAAUCAUUGCUUAGAUAUUGGGACAAAUAUAAAACAGUGUCAGCUAAUAUCUAGCAACAGGUUAUAUUUGUCUCUUUUUUAUGUUUGAGUCCAGAUCUUUGUGUGUAUGUGUGUGUGUGUGUGUGCAGGAUGCUCCUGUUGUUUAUCAAUGCUUUAUGAUAAUGCACAGUAAUGCCUAUCUACGUGAGAGCAAGAAUGAGUCGAACUGUCCGACUGGGAGUGUGCAGUACAUUGAGUUUAUGACUGGUGUGGUAUUAAGGAUUUACAGAUUCAGCACUCUUCAGUUGUGCUGAUUUGGAGUCAGGCAAACAUGUGUCACGUAAGGUGCACGUGUGGAAGAUCUAAAAAGACAAAUGAAACUUGAGCUUUCCCCAUGUUGACCGACACAUCUGGGUGUUAAGUGCUUUGUCUUUAACCAACCUGACUGCGUCUUCUCGUUUGUCUUUCCUCAGAGUCUAUCGAGCAUACAGGAGAGAAGGGUAAGUGUUUCGUAGUGCUGUUUGACAUCGAGAGGAAUCACAAGCGUCUUCAGCUGGUUAUUCAUAUUCAAUGACGCUGCAAACUGUGAGUAAACGGUUAAGUGCACCCGACUCAUGAUGGAUGAUGACGGCCUGUUUCCGUUUCUCUGCCUCCAGUGAUAUACUUGCUGGUGUAUCAUGUCAUCUUCAUCAUGUUUGUGUGGGCGUACUGGCAGACCAUCUUCACCAGGCCCAUGAACCCCCUGAAGGAGAGCUGCUGGAGCGUGAAGACCGGGGGGAGUCUCAGCAGGAGAUCUUGAGGAGGAUAGCCAGGGAUCUGCCCAUCUACACCCGCACCAACUCUGGAGCAAUCCGUUUCUGUGACCGCUGCCAGCUGCUGAAGCCUGAUCGAUGUCACCAUUGUUCAGUCUGUGAUAAAUGCAUCCUGAAGAUGGAUCACCACUGCCCAUGGGUGAACAACUGCGUGGGAUUCUCCAACUACAAGUUUUUCAUGCUGUUCUUGGCGUAUUCGCUGCUCUACUGCCUUUUUAUAACUGCUACAGAUCUUCAGUACUUCGUUAAGUUUUGGCUGAACGGCCUCCCAGACACUCAGGCCAAGUUCCACAUCCUGUUCCUCUUCUUCUCGGCCUCCAUGUUCUCAGUCAGCCUGGCUUCACUUUUAAUCUAUCACUGCUGGCUCGUCUGCAAGAACAGAUCCACCCUCGAGGCUGUGCGUGCUCCGGUGUUCCGCCACGGCACCGAUAAGAGCGGUUUCAGUCUGGGCUUCAGUAAGAACUUCCGCCAGGUCUUUGGGGAUGAAGUUAAAUACUGGCCUGUUCCUGUUUUCUCCGGUUUAGGUGACGGGUGCUCGUUCCCAACCUGUCUGGUGAAUCUGGACCCGGAGCAGCCCUCGUCAUCGCCCGCUGGCUCCAACCCUGCCAACAAGAGUGCAGCAGAAGGCCACCAGUUCCCCUCCAGGCCCCUGACAGAGUCUCAGAGUCGACUGCUCACCAGCACCCCCUCCUGGUCAGAGAGUGACGGUGCAACAGACAGGAAGGGUGCCAGUAACUCGGGGAUGACCAUAGAAAAUGAGGCGUAACCAGUCAGAGAUAGAGGAGACGCCUUCCACCCAGAAGAAAAGUCAACGCCGCCCCCCCCCCCAUCCUCGUUAUUUCAGCGUGACGUGGUGGUGACAGCAUCAAUAUUUGUUGUUUUCCGUACCGCACCCUGCUCCGGAGAGCUUUACCUGACUGACAUCUCCUAAAGCAGAGGAAGAAAAAUCAUCAUCAUCAUCAGUAUUACUCUUAUCAGCAACCAUGUCUGCUGCCAUCUGAUAGUAUUUGGGCUACAGAAGACGAUCCCAUUUCCUUUUGUUUGUACAGGAAGAAGCACAGAGCAGCAAUGGAAGGGACUGUUUUGCACUUUGCAUACUAGGAGAUGAAAUCUGAGCUGCUUUCGCGUGUUACCGUUCAUGUAACAGAAACUCUCAGAAUUAUUUACACGAUUUCUUGUUUAACGUUUUUCGCGGCUUAGCGCAUUAAUAAAUGGUGUUAUAAGUUUGCCAAAUGUUUGCACAUUCAGUAUAGAUUAGUAGUGGUGAUAAUGUGAUGUAACUGAUAUUUCUUUAGCCAUUUUCUUUUUCCAGUGAAGGAUUUUGUUUUUCUUCCCUCAUCCACCAUGUUGAGUGUCGUGGAAGUUGAACCGAUGCAUGCUCUCAUCUCAGGAUGUCAACACAAACACACCUUGUUGUAGUGAACUGUACCUCAAGAUAUUCUCCCCUUUGCUUGGAUAAAGAAAAGAAAAAAAACAAGUGUAGUGAUGAGUAAUCCCAUUUGAAUAAGGGCUCUUCUGAUAUAGCAUGAGUGAGGAUGUUGCUGUCACACUGAAACACCUGAAAGCUGGUGCUGCCAAAUAUCUAAACCGCUGUCUGGUAGCCUACAGUACACAAGCAACGCUGCAGAUCUGCUCCCCAUCAAACAGCAGACACGGUCGAGUGUUUUUCUAACUCGCAAAACAAAGUUGUGGAUCCGCUGCAGAGCAAAAACAGAGAAAACAGCUGCUUUGAACGGUAUAUUUUCAACCGUCACUGACAAUUACUUGGUAGAAUGUAUGCUUGUUUAAAACAAAAAAAAAGCUUCAUCGUGACAGCCAGUGUCAAUCUCUAUUUUUCUAUUCUUCUGUCUGUGUGACUCGAGAGACGAUAUGGACGUGUGAGGCGAUGUACUGUACAGUUGUGCUGCCUUAUAAGAAUAAAAUGAGCUCAUCUUCAA